CACUAGUGCCUACUGCUAGAUGGCACAUUGAGUCUGUGGAUCUGUCAUCAACAACAUGCUGGCCUUGGAUGCGGCAAAGAAAAAAGACGAUCGACAGACGGAGUGAGAACGUGCGAUUCUUUUAACAAUGGACUAAAACAGGAACGCUGCUGCUGGACAAAAAACAGUGGGCCUCCACCGUCCUCCAUGGAGGGGUCAGCUGUAAAAAAAAAACUAGGAUAUGGACACCUCAAAAAAGCUGACUGUGGCAGUGAGCAGAGGAAACUCAAUGGCUCCUCAGCAGAGACACCGAGUUACCAUAACCUGCACCGGGAGUUGCUGCUCAGCCACAAACGGGGCCUGCUGCUGGAGGAAAAACCAGAGCUGAAGCGAGUGUUGGAGCAGCGCAGACUGGAGCUGCACAAGGAGGCAGAGAUGGCACAACGACAGCCCUCAGACCUGGAGAUGGAGCUCCGCAAGAGGCAGCAGAAACUGCAAGAGUAUGAGCAGGAGGAGAUAAGGCGUCGAGAGAACCAGCAGAAGAUCCCAGAGUUUGUCCGUGUGAAGGACAACCUGAGGCGUACACAGACGUUUGAGCAGUGAGGCCCCGAGGGUCCCCAUCAGCCCCUGCCGGAUCUCACCAUAGCGGCCCUAAAUCUGUAUGUUCACAUUCUGCUGGGCUGCAUCCCAGAGACACCGUCUUGCUUUACAUUUCUUCACAUUAUACUUUGAGUUAUCAGAUUUUGCAGUAAGGAAUCACUCAUACCAGGCUAACACAUAAUCUAGAAAAACAUUCUUAAAAGUCGAUCAUAGUUCUGUUUCUGAUGAGGAAGUCGAAAAACUUGCUUUUUUAAAUUCAGAAUUAUGUGGAUUAAUAUUGGUUAAGAGAAAGCUACCACUGAGUUCUGAGUCUGGAUAUUUUUUAAUGUUUUUUUAUGCUAAUUAACUACUUUUUUAAAAAUUUGUUUCCCAUGCUUCUUCUAGUAUCAAAUGAGCAUGAGACAUCAGUUAAGCCUGAUUCUGCCCUUUAUAAAGACCACUGUGCAACUGUGAAGAGGAACAUUUUCAACAGAGCUGUUUUGUAUGAAUAAAAAUCCCCCAGCAAUCCAAAAUAUACAUGUUUGUUUCUGCCAUGA